AACUCGGUUAUAAUUUCUCGUGGUGCUUCCUGUACUGACGAAGACAGGCUCGCGUCCAUCAACUCCACACUGCAGUGAUGGUGUCAACUGAUAAUUUAAUGAUAUAUUUAUCAGAGGUAUUCCUGUCUCACCCGGUGCUAACCUCUGCUUUACUCGUGCUCACUAUCACUCGCAUCAUUUGGUACAUCAGAGACUCCUACAAGGUUUGUGCCUUCAGCCAGAAGCAUGUGUUCAUCACCGGCUGUGACAGCGGCUUUGGGAAUCUGCUGGCCCGACAGCUGGACGGCAAAGGUUUCCACGUUAUAGCCGCUUGUCUGACAGAGAAAGGUGCAGCAGAUUUGUCUGCGGCGGCCUCCUCCAGACUGAAGACCAUCCAGCUGAAUGUUACAGACAGUGCAAGCAUCAAGAGGGCAGUGGAGUUUGUGAGCAGGGAGGUUGGAGAGCGAGGUCUGUGGGGGUUGGUGAACAAUGCUGGCAGGUCCACACCCAUCGGCCCAAUAGAUUGGCUGUGUAUAGAUGAUUUCACAAAGGUGUUGAAUGUGAACCUGAUUGGUGUUGUCGAUGUGACUCUCCAGAGUCUGCCUCUGCUAAAGAAAGCCCAGGGCAGGGUGGUGAAUGUGGCCAGUAUUCUGGGCAGACUGGCCCUCACUGGUGGAGGCUACAGCUUGUCCAAACACGGAGUGGAAGCCUUUUCUGACAGCCUCAGGAAAGACAUGAAGCCCUUUGGUGUCAAAGUCAGCAUCAUUGAGCCUGGUUUCUUUAAGACAGCCGUGACGCAGCAGGAUCUGAUUGAAGCUGACCUGAGGCGACUGUGGUCUCUCCUUCCUCAAGAUGUGAAAGCCUCAUAUGGAGCCACAUACCUCGAAGACUAUGUGAAAGCUCAGAACUUCUCAUUGGGUGUCUUGUGCAGUCCAGAUAUCUCCAAGGUGACCUGGUGCAUGCAGCACGCGCUGACAGCGUGUUUCCCUCGCACACGUUACAGUGCAGGCUGGGAUGCCAAGCUUUUCUGGAUUCCUCUGUCCUACUGCCCCUCAUUCAUUUCAGACUUUAUCAUAAAAGUGAUUCUUCCGCCACCUACAGGUGAAACAAACACAUAGCAGUCACUUGUAACCAGCACGGCACCGGGAUUUCAGUGUUGGGUGGGCCCUUUAAUUGCAUGGUAAUACUGCAGUGGAUGAUGAUUCAUGUCCAUGGUUGUUUAUCUCAGAUUAAUUUCGACAUAAGCAUAUUCAUGGCUCCAGCGUGGAAUAAUAAUAAAAAAGGCUGCAUACUCUA